GUGCAUCCUCCGCGAUUCCGACCGGGAACAUAUUCUGGUUCUUCUUCCGAGAUUGGCCUACGGAAUUCUUACUGCACAGCUUCUUCUCCACCGCUUCUAAAACGGCAUGCUCAUGCGAAUACGUGUGUUCGUCGGGAAUUGACGCAAUAUGCCGUUGAGUUAUGAGUCCAGACACCUGCCCGAAGUAGGCAGAAAGUUUCGAUUUUUCGGGUUCAGAGACGCCGACUUUAGAAGGACAUCCAAUUCGGAGUCGCCUCACUGCCUUCAGCUCGGCUCCGUCGUUUGACGGGAAGCGGGUGAGUAAUAUCGGAUAAAUGCAGGCCAGUGUUUCUUCUAACGAUCACGCAUGAUAGGUUGCGUCUCCCUUUCCGUGCGUGCGCCUCAACUACGGUCCCAGUAUGCAGACUUGCUAUUAUUUGAAGCUUGUUGGAGAAGGAUAUGGGCUGAUUGUUUGCCCCAUCGUUGUGCGCUCUGCCCUGGGAGAUGAUCACGGCACUCACCCAGAUGCUAUGGAGAUGGCCGUUGAACACAAGUAAUCAAGUGAGCCAGGGAAACGAAAUGAUGACACGAUCUGCUCGCACGAUGUUCAAGUGGGAGUGCGGUUGUGGUUUGCUUGAGAAGCCAACAACAUCGCUGACCGCUCCUAUAGGACGAUUUCUGUACUGCCAAAGGUAAUUCUGAACCUCUGCUGCACGGUACCGAUAAGGUGGCACAUCCUUUGCGAAUAUAGCCGAUAGAUGGACGAUAUAAUCGGACGUCUACUCCGCUCAAGUUGGCAAGGGAUGGGGCGAAACUGUUCCCCUGCG